GCAAUGGUCGGGGCGGGGCGGGCCGGGCCGGCGCUGGGCAUGGACGCCUUGCUGCUGGCGGCGGCCGCCGCUCUCCUCGCCGCCCUCCUCUUCCUCGCCGCCCGCUUCCGCCGCCGGCCCGGGGCAGCUGAUGAGGAACCCCAGCAAAAUGCGGCGGCGACGGCAGUGGCCAGACCUCGGCCCCACGUCGAGGAGCGGGGAGACGGGAUGCCGAGGCGCCGGAGGAACAUGGGGAACCGGCUGCUGGCCCAGAGGAGAGCACAGCAGGCAGAAGAGUGGGCGGAAGAGGAAGACGAUGCUGAGGAGGUGCCAGAACUUCAGGUAUCUGGGAAAAUUGGAGCCAAAAAGCAGAGGAAAUUAGAAGAGAAACAAGCCAGGAAAGCACAGAGAGAGGCUGAAGAAGCAGAGCGAGAGGAACGGAAAAAACUUGAGUCAAAGAGAGAGGAGGAAAGGCGGAAAGAAGAGGAGAGAAUACGUCUCGAGGAAGAGCGACAGGAAGAGGAGAAAAGGAAGGCGAAAGAAGAAGAGGAGAAGAGAGAGUAUGAAGAGUACCUGAAGCUGAAGGAGAGUUUUGUAGUUGAAGAGGAAGGGGUGGAAGAAAAAAUGACAGAGGAAGAGUCUCGCAGCUUUCUAAUGGAAUUUCUCGAGUAUGUUAAGAAAACAAAGGUAAUUCAGCUGGAGGACUUAGCUUCGCAUCUGGGUUUAAGGACACAGGAAGCAAUUAACAGAAUCCAGGACCUGAUGGCAGAUGGCACUCUAACAGGUGUGAUUGAUGACAGAGGAAAGUUCAUCUACAUCACGCCAGAGGAGAUGGCUGCUGUGGCUCAGUAUAUCAAACAGAGGGGACGAGUCUCCAUCGCUGAGCUGGUCCAGCAAGCAAUUCCCUGAUCAAUCUCCAGCCUGACAGCCAAGCUGUUGCUCCAACUGUGGCAUGAAAUCGUGACAUGAGAAAAUACAGAGGGAGUUUAAACCUUUAGAAUAAGCCACAUAAUAAAGCAAGCAAGAACCCCUCUAGUCCAUCUGCAGUGUUUGGAGGCAGGACGCUUUGUUUAAAGAUUAGCUGCAAGACUUGAUUGGAAAUUUUGCUUUUGAUUCUUUAGAUCUCAUAUAAAAUUUGUACAGCAGAAGCUAGCAAAGAACUUGGGGCUUAAACACUCGUGUACCUCAGGGAUAUCAGUAAUUGGUACCUGCCUUCUUUAUAUUGGCAGUCACUGUGAUGUGACUGUACCCAUACUUCUUGUUGUUUCCAAAUUCUGACGUCUCAGAUAUAUUUUAAAUAUAUUCGAUGAUAUAUUUGGCUCCGAUUGCAUUCUGGAUUCUGCAGGCUUGCUUUGCUCUCACAGAGCUGUAUAACUGCAGCGAUGACAAACGCAGCCUGGAACGGUAGGUCUGUGGGAUGAGGCUUGUGGAUUUUGUCUUGUGGAUUUUGUCUUCUGCAUCAACGUUGGAAGGAUAUAGUAAAAAGAAAAUACCACACGUGUCUCUGUUCUUACUGAAAUACGAAAACCUUCUGCAGUGCUUUGUUUUUAAAACUUCUGGAGGUUAUUUCAGAAAGCCUUUGCUAUGUAAAUGUUUUGUUUGGUUUACAUGAUGUCAAAAGUUUACUUGCAGCCAAGCUGUGUUAUUUUUCCGUAGCCAAGAGACAGAGACACCUCCAGGGAAAGGCUAACUCGCCUCAUUUAUUGUGCAGCAAUUCUACUGAUAUCAACCAGGUUCUGAUGAUUCAUCCUUCAAAGUAAGAGCCAGCUCAGUGUGUCUGAAGGCCUCAGACACCCCCGCUCCGUGGCCGUUGUGUUUUGGAUGUAUAAAAAUUCAGGCAGGAUGAGUCACGCAAUUAAUGUUACAAGUAAACGAUUAUUAAUAUCUUAAUUGUAGAUGUCAGUAUAUUUCCUGCAUAAGAAUAUUUAUUUUUUAAUAGCCUAAUUGAUGCUUUGCUAAUUCUCUUUUCUGUAUUCAACAGAAUCUGUGUGGAUAUGCGGUAAUUGGGGAGGACAGGGAGUUGGCUUUGUCACUGCCAAACUUAGAGGUGAAUUAAGUAGACUAAAAGCUGUUAUCAGUGAGAUGAGAUAGCAAUAAAACAAUGGAAGGAAGCACAUUUCCUGUUUAAUCUCUGCGCUGCUGCUCGAUGUGAUGCUGUGCAGGAGAGCUCGGUCACGGCGCAGCACCACGCGUUGAUGCGAGAGAUCGGUGUCAUUACCGUGUUGUGCAACAGUCACCAGCAGAGAGAUUACUUGAUUGCAGGCUUGUAAAGCCUCUUAAUUAACCAAAAAUUUGAUUUUGCCAUGAUUUUUUGUUCUGUCCUAAACUUUUCUUGUAGUAAAAUAAAUGCUAUUGAAAGAG